AUGUCUUUCUCUUACGAACCCUUGGUGGACAACGAGAUCCGUCUUGUCAAAAUAGAGCCAGUUGAAGAUGCGAACGACUCUCAACCAAUUCUAUGCACAAUCGAGCAUGCCAACCUUCUGCCUGGAAUAAUACCGUCUUCUGAUCGGCGGUUCAAAGGACAGGAUUAUGCUUGGCCCGAGGUCUCCAAUCCCCACGAUACAGACGCCCUCUUUGACAAAGGCCGCGAUCCGUUCUCAGCCCCACAAGAAUUCUCACCUUCCCUCGAUGAGGACGCUCGUCUGCCAUGGAGAUAUCCGUGGGGAGACUUCAUUGCCUUAUCCUACCAAUGGGGAUCUCCAACACCUCGGCACUUCAUCACUCUAAAUGGUGAACAGUUUGGAGUCACGCCCAAUUUGUACAAUGCCUUGAUCCAGCUUCGCCGUGCCCAAAGAAUACGCCAAGGUUUCAGACUCUGGAUCGACGCCAUUUGCAUCAACCAAGAUGACUUGGCGGAGCGAGGCCAGCAGGUUGCUCGCAUGCGAGACAUUUAUCGGUCUGCAUGGCAGGUGGUCAUCUGGAUCGGCCAAGAGGCUGACGAUAGCACCUUGGCCCUGUCAGCUCUUCACUGGUUAGCUAACCAGUCAAGACGACCGACCCCGUUAGAAGGGGUAUACCGUCAAGGGAUGGCGAUUGACGCGCGUCCCUUCUUCGUCGUUAUCCCGGGCUAUCAAAGUCCCCUCAGGAGAGCGGUUUAUAAAGCUUUGUUUUGUUUCUUUACUAGAACCUACUGGCGACGCAUGUGGAUUAUACAGGAAGUGGCAAACGGUCGACCUGCUGCGCCAGUUCUGUGUGGAAACAAAUGCAUUGCCUGGGAUGAUAUCUACCGAGCGGCUGUGGUCAUCAACAACGACCAGGCAAGACUCGGCCGCGAUAUUCUCGACAGCAGUCGGCCACCCCUAGCUGCCCUCAACACUUACGAGUUUGCACGGGACAGACUCGCCGAGGAUACGCAUCUGUCAUCGGAGAGGCUGUGGGGGAUGCAGGUUGCCUUGGGCGGCAUUCAGCGGAAUCAAAAGUUGAGCUCUCUGGGAGAUUGGCAGGCCCUUACGCUGGUCUUGAGCCUCUGCCGAGAUUCAAACGUCACCGAAGAAAUGGACAGAGUGUAUGGCAUUCUGGGCAUCAAAGCUGUUGCUGAGAGGGUUGCUGUCGUACCAGAUUACACUAUCUCCUUAUCUGCCUUGUACUCGUCCUUCACUUCCCAGUUUCUGGAGGCUGGAGACCUCAACAUUUUGAGACUGAUAUCAAGACCAGCUGGGCCAAUACCUGUCCGCCGCCGCCUCGACACACUCCCUUCUCCUCUACAGCACCGCACUAUUGCUCCUGCUAUAUUUCGGUCUCUAGAUUUGGUUAAAGGAUCCAAACCCGGUCAAGCUCUAGUAGGCACACCAUGCACACACAAUCUUCCCUCCUGGGCAGUCUGCUGGACCUGCACGCCCCCUCCAGCAAUCCAUCUUGGAGGCAAGUAUCAAACUGAUUUCGGCUUGGGGCCACUGUCACCGAUAUAUCCGUCUUCUGAUUUGUCCAUCACUGUCCAGGGUAUUGUACUGGACACAAUCGCAUGCUUGGGCGCGUCUCAUUCAGAUGAGGUCGAUGAGACUUACCCUUCAAAUAUGGCUCCAUCGGAUCAUAGCAUAUAUGGAGACUUCAAAGCCACCAGAGAGGCUCUAUGGCGCACAAUAGUUGGCGACACAACGUCACAAGGGCGCUGCAGAGCACCCGAGUCUUAUUCUUGGCUUCUUGAUCGUAACCUAUGGUCAGCAGACAUGGACGGAGUCUACACGCACGGGUUUGGGUUCCGCAGCUUCAUGAUCCGCAACAAGAGACUUUCAUUAUGUGGCUACAAUCUGGAACAGCUCGUCUUUGGGCCAAAGCAACGUUUCUCGAUGAUAAAAAGAGCAAGGGGGGCAUUAGGGUAUCAGGUUUGCUUUGCGACAGAGAUACAGCGCGAAGCCUAUUCAUGGGCCAUCAAUGUCAUGGCAUGGAGACGUCUUUUUGGUACCCGGGAAGGAAGGAUGGGACUGGGCGCAUCAGCAGCCAAAGUUGGUGAUAGUAUUGCGAUUCUCAAAGGGUGCAAUACACCAAUGAUCCUUCGGAGGGUGGGAGAAGGCUGGGCCAUUGUUGGCGAGUGUUAUGUCCACGGAAUCAUGUAUGGGGAAGCUAUUAAGGGUGAACAAAACUUAGCGGAUAUCAAGAUCUAUUAG